AUGUCACAUCCAAUAUCUUAGAAUUAGUAGCACAGGAACGCUGAGCCAAUUGGUAGCAAAAGUAAAGUUUCUAAAUAAGAUGAGAUUACUAUCAGCAGAUAUCUGAAAUAGCUAAAAGUGACUAUCCCAGCCACUAGAAUACCUUCAUAAUCGACACUAAACAAUAAGUAAUUCAUGUCCUCUGGGUAGAACUCUGUCAAUAACCUGGAUAUAUAUCAAUAAAAUGCUCUCAAAAGCUUUGAAAGUAUCAAAAAUUAACUUGAUAAGAUCUAAGAGUAAAACAUUCAAAAAGUCUAGAAUUAAAAAAGCAAUGCACAGCCAGAUCAAACAGAAGAAAUGAAAAUAACUGAUGCUUCUGAUGAGCAGAACUAGAAUUUGAACUUAAUCAAUUACGGAAAUGCAGGACCUUCAAUUUCCAUACAGAAAAAUUACACAUCUGGAAAUUUAUCUCCAAAGAUCACUAAUCUCAAUCAGCAAGUAUAAUUGAAACAGCAAUUUAACAUCAUAAUCAAAUCACCAUAGAAUGACAAUGACCUCUCAUAGCAUAAGCUUAGUUACUUUGACUCUAGAAAAGUGGGUAAAAAGAUUAAAAAUAUGUACUCUAACUUCAGGCACUCUACAAAUCCAACUAUAUAUGAUGAAGAUACAUAAGGAAGGGGCUCAAUAGAAGAGACAUUACGGAUGAAUUAAAAGCCUCCUAGAUUCGUUUAAUCAGAUGAGAAAAACUUCAAUCAGUAAUACUAUAGUUAAAAAGGCAAUGAGCAAAAAUUUUAGAUGAGUUCCACUCUUGUAGCUGGUAAAUCUAACAAACUAGAGAUGAAACUACCUGAAAUGAAUGUAAAUGAUUUCGGAUUGAGACCGUUAGAGGACGAAUCCAGAUUGAAAUAUCUGAGAUACAUGCAAAUGUAUGACAGCACUCUCAAGAACUAUAAAUUAACAAGUUAUUUGAAAAAUAAAGUUGAAAAAAAUUUUUCAAUGGGGAAUCUUUAAUACAUCAAUGAAGUCAGGAAAAUUGCUUCUAGAUCAAAUAUGAAUAGUGUGUAGAAGAAACAAAGACAGUAGCAAUAUUAGAAAAGCCUUGAACAUUCUAAAGAUUCCAAGGAUUUAAGUCCUGAUAAGAAGUCUUUCGAUUCUUCUCAAGUCAUAAAUAUAGCUGAUCAAUAGGUUUUAGAAAUGGAGCUAAUGAAAACUCUUUCAAAGUAGAGUAGCUAAUUGAGUCUUAAGAGGAAAAUAUCUUGCUUAGAGAUACCUAAGAAUGAGGAAGGAAUGCCUUUGAAAUUACAGGACUUAGACCCUCUAUCAUUAUAAAAAUUCUAAUCCAGAAGUGAGUAAGAGAGAUUCAUAAAGAAUUCAAAGAUUCUUAGAGAUCUGUCGAUACAAUAUCAACUUAAUUCAAAUUACUAUGAGGUAUCAAACUAAUUUUUGCUUGAUACUAUCAGCUAACAUGACUUCAGGCGUUUGACUGUAGCACAAAUUGACUCUUUAAAAUCCUUAGUUGAAAAUAAGCAAAUAGAUUGCAAGAAAGAUUUCGUUUCUGCUCUCAAGGAAGCUCUAGCCCAUAAAAAGCAUAAAAAAUAACCUAGAAAGAGCUUUUUGCAUUCUUCUGUCCAUGAUCAUGCUUCAUCAUCUACUCAGGGAAGUGCAAAUAAUAUGUAGUCAGAAUUGAAUAAGCUAGCGAUGUUGACAUAAUCCCCAGAAGUAAUGUCUUAUAAAAGAUGGACAGAUAAGAUGACCCCAAGAACAUUAAAGACUAUCAUGCUUUCUAAAAAUAUGUCCUAGCAGAAAAUAAACCUUAAACAGCUAAAAAAUAACAAAGAGAGCAUGCUUGUCUAUGCAAAUCAUUCUGUGGAUUUAAAUAAACAGCACCUUUUAUCUAAAUACAUAGCUGAUCAUCAAAAGACUCUUAGUCCUGGGGGACCAUCAGUGGCUUAUGACAAACCUAAGAUUAAAAAGCCAUAGCAAUCAGCAGCUGAUUUCUUUGUUAAGCACAGAUAGUAGGUGAAGAACUAAUAUGAUUUAAAGCUAGACACCUAAUAAUAGUCACAAAUUCAAUCAGCUCCAGCUUUGAAAUACCAGUAAAACCUUUCAAUCGACUUGAGCAAUAACACUCUUUCAAAGAUCAAGGAUCCAUUAGAUUAGACCUAGUCUCAAAAGCAUUCACUAAUUUAGAUUACUAAAGAUUCCAAAAACCUUGACAAGAUCGCUCAUAAGUUAUCUAAGGGAAACUACGCUGAUCUAUUUGAAAACGUAUACUAAACCAAAUCAAAGGUCAGCCAAGACCAAAUGUAAAAGAAAAACUUACUGUUAGAGCAUGUAAUGCUGGAAAGAGAAGAGCUAGAAAAAGAGAAGAAAAAGAACCGAAAGAAGCAAAAGAGGAAUAAGAAUCAAGGCUAGAAAUGGUGGCGAGAGACCAAAGACGAUGUGAGCAUUGAUCUAUUCUAGCUCCCAGUGUUUUAAUAAUUCUAUUGA